AUGAGAAAUGAAGUAAAUGAGAAAUUAGCAGAACAAAAUGAACGAAGUAAUCUUCUACCGAGCAAUUGUCUUUUAUUCAGUACUUAUAGAUACUUUAUCCUAUUAACAAUGCUCCCAGCAAUUUCUUUAAUCCAAAGCAAAUCUGCGUCAAUGAAUGCAAAAAUACUAUCAUCGGCUUCUAUCUCGCCUCCAAAGAACUCCAAAAUUCAUUUACGUACUCAUUACUCUGUGGAGAAUGCUACCCCUGAAUAUUUAACCACCACCAAUUCAGCAGUCCUGUCUCCAAAUAUUUAG